AUGACACUCAUCCAAGCAAAGGCCUUUCAUGAGCUUCGAAGAAUCGGCCUGACCAUUGACAAUGUACAUCGCGAAAAGACUCAAAUCUACUCGGAUUGUGGGCUAUUCUUGAUAGCUCUUUUAUGCUUGACAGAUGCGAUUUGGUUCAACGGCAGCAAAUUUUUUGAAUGGUUCAUGCUCUACACUCAAUGGUUUGUUUUGUGGGUCGCCUUUGUCUUGAAUCAAGCAAGCUCUAGCUCUAUUCUUGGCCAGCGAAUUGCCCAUCAGUCUUGGGUUCAUCUGUCUAUUCUAUAUACAUUGACGCAGCCUGCAUUUAUUCAUUGGAAUAUAGCUAAUGGCGGAUUGUUUUGGUUCAUAUUUCCUUGCUUUUUGGUUAUAUGCAAUGAUUGCUCUGCUUACUAUUGUGGCAGUCGCUGGGGAAAAACAAAAUUGAUUAGUUUGAGUCCAAACAAGACAGUAGAAGGAUUUGUUGGUGCGCUUUGUAUUACAGUCUUAUUUGGCUAUAUCACUUCUAAAGUGCUUUGUAGAUUCGAUAGCUUGAUAGCUGACAAUAACCUGGAAAUCUACGACAACAUAGGAUACCACGGCGUAACUAUGGCGCUCUAUGCUUCAAUAUUUGCUCCUUUUGGUGGAUUUCUUGCAAGUGCUUUGAAAAGAGCAGCCAAUAUCAAGGAUUUUGCUGGUUGGAUUCCUGGUCAUGGAGGCAUCGUAGAUCGUGUCGAUUGCCAAUUAUUCAUGGCUGUUUUUACCUAUCUCUAUUAUCAACGAGUUGUAAACGCACAAUAG